AUGGCACCAUGCGAAACCAAGAAAGUCGCAAAGACCAAGCGAAUCCCGCCUAAAGUCAAGCGCAACACAAAAGGCUAUCAAACACGCACAUCACCACAAAAAUCGCCUUCACAAACCACAUCCAUCGAACAAGAAGAAGCUGAAGGAAAUCUCUCCGCAAUCCCCCACCACCCCAAAACGCCCCUCAACACCGCCCACCUCCUUUCCAUGCCAAAAGUCACAAACUCAAUUCGGCGAGCAGAGUUCAGAGAAUACGUUAGUCUGGGCAUUACACCAUUGGACGGCAAGGGAAGCAGAGCCAUACAAGGGAGCCAAAAUAUCACCGCUCCCCUCAUCGACGAAGUCGACGAAGAAGAAAUA